ACAGGUCUGUACUGUAAAUACAGUGUCAUGAGAGACUGUAUAGCUACAGGUCUGUACUGUAAAUACAGUGUCAUGGGAGACUGUAUAGCUACAGGUCUGUACUGUAAAUACAGUAUCAUGGGAGACUGUAUAGCUACAGGUCUGUACUGUAAAUACAGUAUCAUGGGAGACUGUAUAGCUACAGGUCUGUACUGUAAAUACAGUAUUAUGGGAGACUGUACAGGUCUGUACUACAUAUACCUGUGUCACUUCAUUCUGGCUAUAUAUAUUAUCAGACAUAUCAUCUACAGUUGUUUUUUGCAAGUACCUCUUCGAUGCAAUUCAAUUUGUAACGCCUUUAUAAAAUCAAUCCACCAAGUCUAAACAUUUACAACAAAAGAAGAACUUUUAUUUUCAUAACCUUUUCAAAAUCUUAGAAUAAUCUAGAAUUGAGGGGAAACUACCCUUUUUGGACCAUAGGGGAAAAUCAGUUCUAAAAUGGGGAAAUUUUUAACAUCACAAAGUUCCGGUUUUUUGCUUUAAAAACUCAUUUUCCAAGUAAAAACAGCAAAUGGUUAAUUUGGAAAGCAAAUCUGGAGUAUUUGGGAAUAUCAGUGAAUUUAACAGAAUUCUGAGGGGAAAUGGAACAAAAUCCUGAGGGGAAACUACCCAUAAACGGUAGUAAAAAAUCCCUAGCUUGAUCCCUGCAAUGCAUUUAAUCUGUGUAAUCAAUAUUCAAUUUGUGGUAAUAAAUGUCGUGUUUUUUUUUUUUCAUGCACAUCAAUUCCUUCCUGAUAACCAAAACAGCGUUGAUAAGCCUUGCAUUUGCAGCAGCAGUUGGUAUUACAUUUUUGGUGUUAGGAUGUGCUCUUCCACAGUUCAACAACUGGUGGCCUUUGUUUGUGCUCUUUUUCUAUAUUUUGGCUCCUCUGCCAAUCACCCUUUCCAAGAGAUGUAUGAAUUCGUUUGACACGACCAGUAGUGCCUGCUUAGAAAUGGCCAUCUUCGUCACCACAGGGAUAGUUGUGUCCUCAAUGGGUUUACCAGUGGUAUUCGCUCAUGUCAGUGUGAUCCAGUGGGGAGCAUGUGCUUUGGUGUUGGCAGCUAACACUGUAGUGUUUUUGACAAUUCUUGGCUAUUUCUAUGUAUUCGACAGUGACGACCUAGACUAUUCAAUGUGGUAAACAUCGGAAUGUGUAUAGAAAGUCACCCAGCGUUAUAUUCAGCAGUCAACAUUCAACAUAUACCUGGACAUUGUUGAGUUUUUCCAAGCCACUAUCUCUACAGACCAUGAUGAGGUCAGUUGGGGUUGCCAGAAGAAAACAGUCAAUUGAGAAUCUCUUGGAUAUUGGCAAUAUUAAUUAAAAACCUGUAUUUCUAUCUGUAAAAUAAAAACCACAGGUUUGUAUAACCGGAAUACAUUAAUGUAUGCAGCCAAACUAUUUUAUAAGUCAAAUAUUUACAUUGUCGGAUACCCACGUUUGAUUGCACUACACUACACUUAUCAAGUGCAAUCAAUCGUGGGUUUACCACAAUGGAUAUUUAAUGUCUCUACAGUUUCUUAAACAUGAUUUAAAUUUUUCUGUAGUAUUAUAUUUAAUUAUGUUAUUUAAUCUAUAAUUUGUAAAUGAUAAUUUGGAUUAAAAUUUGAUUAACUCUACAGUAUGUAAUACUGCAUAACAAUAUAUUUACUAUGUAUGUACAGGCAUGUAGUAGAUACAUUAACUAUGUUGUACAGGUAUAUUUACAGGAGUGUAAAGUGCUUAUAUAUUUACUGUACAUAAACACAAUUACUGUAUAGUAUAAAAUAUGAAAUUUAUUGCAUGUACAUAGUAGUAAGUUAAGUAAAUUGUAUUUACUACAUAACUGUAUAGAGUUUAGCUGUGUACAUGUAUUUAUUUUAUAGACUUUAUAUUUACUGUAAAGUCCUUAUUUUUACUCUAUGACACUUAAAUAUACAGCAGUUUUAUUUUUGCUAAACAUACAGCAUUACAAAUACACUCGAAAUUGAAACUGCACAAAUCGAUUGCUUUUCCAAGUCAAUUUAUUGUGUCACCUCCAAUGGAUGUAGAAAAGGCGGCACAUAGGUGUUGCUUUUCCGACAGCAGCAGCGUCAACAAUGUUAAGGUUUUGUGUUUAGCUCUGUUUCUGCCAAAGCUAGACCUACAAAACCUCAGUUGUAGCAUGGGCAGCAGAACCUGCUACACUGAAAAAUUUCAUGGAUUUCUGCAUUUUUGCAGUAAAAAUCUCAAAUUUCUGGACUGGGGGGGGGGGGACCAAUGUUAUGUUUUACGUUUGGCUCCGGUAUAUUAGGCUGUUUCUGACAAACUCUAAAAGCAAGAGCAACCAAACUUGGGUUAAAGGUAUAUCAUGGUAUGUAUAGUUGAACACAUUACACUCUUUACUAAUAUGUUUACGAUUUUUGUAUUUUUUGGGUAAAACCUCAAAUUUCUGGACUUAAAAGAAAAGCAAUAAAUUGUAUUAGUCUUCAAAUAUAUCCUUGAGUCCCCAUGUAACAUGCUUAGUAUACUGAAAAAGUGGGACAGACGACACAUUUAUUUUCACGUAUUUCUUGUUGAGGAUAUACCAGGUAUGAUAGAAAACAGUUUUGCAUUAAAAAAAACCCCACAUAUUUGUUCCUUAAGAUAAAACCAUGUAUACCAUAGUGACUUGGCACUGAUUUCCAACCCUCCAGUAUUACUAUACCGUAAUACAUAUAUGAAUAGUCGGUUGGAAAUUUGUGACAAACCCCUGAUAGUUCAUCAGUAGAGUGCUAUUUUGUGAAAUUGACUAGGGAGGGCAUUGUACAGUUAGUUUGUCUAAGUGUAACAUUUACAUUAGUCAAGUGAUUUGUCAGUAACUGUGUUGAUGUGCUGUAGUAUUUAGAGCAUUACUGGUUCUGUGCUUAACUUAUGACAGGAUGGGAUAUAUUUUGAUAAACAUACUGGAAUUGUAUAGUGCUAAUUUCUACAUGUACUAAUUCUAGUACCUGUAUGAUUUUGUUAUGUUUGCAUACAUUACAUAACUACACUGUACAUUUACCGUUUAAUUUAGCUCAAACUACUGGUACUGGUAUGGCUGCACUAUCAUAUUUAGCACACUUUAAUGAUAUGGUAUUAGAUUACCGGUAUGAUAUUACGCACAUACUGGACAGUGGUACGUUGUUGAAUUAUGAUACAGUGUAUUUAGGACACCAUACUAUUAUGACAUUGAAUACAUUGAAUUUAUCUGAUAAUUAAGAACACAUUAUUGGUAUGAUUGUAACCUUGGUAAAUACUAGCCACAAUAUACUCCUCAUAGCUCGAUUUGUUGAUCGUAAGUCAGUCGGGGUAUUGAAAUAAAUUUUGAUAAUGACCUCUGUCACAUUGACACCCAUGUAAGGACACAGAAUUUAUACUUUACUUUCACAAGAUCGCUGUAACCCCUGGAAAGUCAGGACAGGUUCUUUCUUGGAGGGUGUGUUUUAAACCCUGGUAAAUACUGGUCACAAUAUACCUUUUCACUGGAGAAGUCUUAUCUUAAGCUCAAUCGGUUAAGGAUAAGACUUGUAAGUCAGAGGUCCUGGGUUCAAUACCCUCCUGGGUUCAAUACCCAACAGAGACAAAAUAAAUAUCAUUAAUAAGGACCUCUGUCAUGAUGUUGAGCAAACAAUUUUAGCACACAUUACCGAUGUGUUGUUGAAGUAUCAUAUUUUAGCACACAUUACCGAUGUGUUGUUGAAGUAUCAUAUUUUAGCACACAUUACCGAUAUGGAUGUGCUGUCAUAUUUUGCUGUAAUAGAUUGCACUUCAUUUUGUAAAGUAUUUAGAAUGUCAUGUCCAGUUAUGAUAGUGCUGUCAUACCGGGUUUUCAGUAUACAUUAAAUAUUAAUUGUAUAAGUGUGUUAUAUGUAUUAUAUUUAUCAUUUAUGCACAAAUAACUUGUUUAUUACUAAGAUCUGUUAGUCUGGUAGCACAUCCUUAAUCCUAAGAUCUGUUAGUCUGGUAGCACCACCUUAAUCCUUGUAGUGUUUGAUUGACAUAUAUGAGGUUCUUUAUGAGAGUUUAAUGGAAUGUUACAAUGUCCAGACAUAACACAUUAGUAUAAAGAAGAUUGCAAAUAACACCAGAUGCUAAAACUCAACUGUAAGUCGAGGGAAAAAAGGAAGUGAAUUCAACAGUAAGUUUUUAUAAUCAAAAUGUUUGUACAUAUAUAUGUAAAAUUUUGUCUGUGUACAUCUUGUGAAAAUGUCUUUGAUGUCAGAGAACAGAGUUUUUUUUAUAAAUCUAUAUUUGUACGAACAUGCUGUAUAAUUGUCAGAAUAUAAUUGUACAUAGUGUCAAUUCUGCCAUCGCCAUAUAUGAGACACAAAUUAAUAACAAAAGUAACAUCAGUUAUUUUUUAAGUACAGUGACCCUUUGAUACUGUUUUUGUACUCAGCAGAAUUCUGUAAAAUUAUUUCAGAGGAAAAAGGCUUUGUAUCUGUCAAUAUUGUGUGUCACAUUGUAUCACAUCUUACUUCAUUGUCAAAAACAACUUGGGUCUUGAUAUAUACAUUAGUUAAUCGUUUAGAGACGGGGAAUUUGUGAAGGUUUUCAGAGAUAUCGUAUAUAGUUAUGCCAAUACAUCAUGUACAUGCAGUUAAAUCAAAUUCUAAAAUACAGAUGUACAAUAUGUUGUAUACAUUGUAUAAUAAAUGAAAUAUUUUACUACAAUGUUUGUGUAAUACAAUGUACACAUAUGCUUUCAAUGACAGUCAUUACAAUAUACAUAUUGUAUAAAUGUAUUGAAAUUGAUUGAUACAAUAUAUUACACCAAAUUUAUAUUGUACUGUACAUAAAUACAAUAUAUUGUACUACACAUGCAGUCAAUAGAGACCAAUUUCAACACUUGUACAUUAAGUUGUUGGUAAAUACAAAACUAUAUCACAAUAUUAUGGUAUUGGUAAAAUACAUAUGCUAGACUGUAUUUCAUAGAAUCAUAAUUCCUCUGAAACGAUAAAACAUCAUCAUAAGGUAUAAUCAUUACAUUAUGAUAUUAACAUUGAAUGUUAUUUAGUGAUAAAUUCCUUUGUUGACUUGAAAAUACUUCAGUCAUUUCCUGAUACAGACUUUUCAGGAUACCCCAUAUGAACAAAUAGUAGUUUUAGUAACUGUUCAGUAUAUAAAUCAAAUUCAUUGAUUAUGGUUAUAUAUAGGAUUUAAUAGCAACCAUAAUAAAUACAAUCAUUUGCUUUUAUGCUGUAUAAAAAAAUUCUUUUUUUUUGGGUAUCAUAUCGAUUUGUAGAAUAUAAGGAAAAAAAGUAUCCGGGUAAUUCAGUAACUUACUUGUGUAGGUCUGUAAAACCUCUUCACGGAGUACCAACCACAGUGAUUAUGUCAAACAGAUAAACUGGUGUAACGUCCUAUCAUUACCACAACCUUUAUUGGUAUGGUACCAGUUUUCAGAGCAUUGUUCAUGAUCAUCUUUCUUGUAGCAUUGUGGUGCCCUCAUUAAGUUUUUAUACAUUUUAUUUUCAUUAUGAUAACUUUAUAUGUGAUUGCCUGGGUGUAUGUCCGUUUUUCCCAAUCUAUUAAGCCUUGUACCAAUUUGUUAGACUUGCACAAUGUUUUCUGUUGUUCCUACUGUGGCCCACUCAUGGCUCUUUACCCCUUGAUUCGUCCUUUAAACUCACACUAGGUAUUGGUGGAGGAAGCUAUCUAUGAACACAGUAAGCAUACUCAACUGUUAGUCUGUACAUACAGUUACCUCCCUUAGCCCUACUCCACAGGUUAGGGCACUUAAACGGUAUCUAAAUGUGGAUAUGUAGAUGUUAGUAAGGAAAUGUCAUCAACUUGGAAUUAAUGUGAUUUUUAUGAAAAACAAUUUUCGAUAUAGAAGAAAUGAAACAAGUGUCAGUUUUUGCUUUACUACCUGAAAUUAAUUCUGGAUUAAGUUUAGACUUACUAACCAGAAGAUACUAAUCUACAGGUAUUGCUGUGUUAGCAGAUAACCACACUGGUCACAAAAUAUAUUCUCACUGUUCACAUAGAGAGAAAAUCUAGGGUUGCCAGAGGCAGUAACAAAUUGUUGGAAUGCCAGCAAUGAAACGCAUAAAGACAGUGCAAUAAUCUGUAUGUUGGUAUAUUAAUGUAAAUCAUAUUUGUAACAUAGCAUUUGACAUAGUACUGUCUAUAGUACUAAGAUGGUCUUUGAUUUGACAUAGUUAAACCCACCUGUACAUUACGUAUUGACUUGCUCUCCGUCAAUCUAUACACCAGAUUCAUUUUACAUGUGGACAUAGUAAUUCUACAACUUUUGGUACUGAGGUCUGUUAGUACUGUAGUAAUUGUUUAUAAUGAAACUCUUUAUCACCACUUCUGAAUUAGAUUCAUCAUAUAUUGUAGCACAUUGCCCACUCAGUAUUGUUAUUAAUUGUAAUUAUGACUUAUCACUGAUACCAGUGUCGAGAAAUUUUAGGGACCGAUAAACAGUACAGCAAUUUCAAAAAUUGAAGUUUCCCGAUAUUUUUAGUCUAAAAUUAGGUAAAAAAAAAGGGGGGCAGGUCGGGUGAUUUUUCCUUCAAAAUAGAGAUAAUUGGCAAUUACAGUACAUUAAUAAUUGAUUUCCUAUCAAUGUAAUUUGAAGUUAUGGGUUAUCUUAAUCAAAAGGAUUCAAUAUAUUCACCAUUAGUUAAUUGGUCUUCACAUGAUGAGCAUGGCGACCUGCAAAUUUCAUUUUAUGGUAUCUAGAUAUUAUUUGUGAUUGUCAUAUUUUAUAUUUGCCAUUGUUAUUUUGCUUUUGUUUUGUUACAAGCAAGACCUAUGAUGUACUUAUUUAUUUGUACAUAAUAAAUGUCUUUCUAUAAAAGC